CAAAAUGGCAGCUUCCAUGUCCACUUCAGUCGGUUGUGUAUAUUUUCACUGAUAUCGUUCAUAUUGUUAAUGUAUUGAUCAGUGAUUGGAAGAGUUGUGAAAGCUGACGGCUUUUACUAUCCACUAGUGUAACCUGAUUGUUGAUGAGAAAUAAUGGCGAGCCGAUUUGAUGAAGAUUCUGAUGAAGAAGUAGAACGCUUUGAAGUGACAGAUUAUGAUCUGGAAAAUGAGUUUAAUCCAAAUCGCAGACAACACAGGCAGAGCAAGAACCAGGCAACAUAUGGUAUAUGGGCAGCAAGAGAAGACAGUGAUGAGGAUGGAGGAGGCAGAACAGGUCUGGGAGGUGGGAAACGACAAGACCUCUCUCAAGGACUGGACUUUGUGAGUGGAGGAUUUAAACAAACCAGUGAAGAGAUGAAAAAAGAGAUGGAGGAGGAAGAGGAGGAAAAUAAUGAGGAAAUGGAUCCUCUUCUGGACUUUACUGGAAGUCGGAAGAAAUUAUACAAGUCAAAAGGAACAUCAAGCUUUCGUAAGCAGGCACCAUCAUCAACAAGUAUUGGUAAAUCUAUCGGUACCUGGGAAAAACACACAAAGGGUAUUGGACAGAAACUCUUAUUACAGAUGGGUUAUCAACCUGGUAAAGGUUUGGGUAAAACUGGACAGGGUAUCGUUAUUCCUGUUGAAGCACAUAAAAGAAAAGGCAAGGGUGCCAUUAGUUAUCAUGGCCCAGAACGGCCGAAUAAACCGCCUCAAGUUGACUCAGAGGAUGAAGAAGAUGAAGAUUUCCGCCGACAGUUAUCACAGUGGAAGAAAGGACCUGAGGCCAAACAGAAGCCAAAAUAUUCAUAUAAGACAAUAGAUGAUGUCAAAGAAAAAGCCAAAACAUCAACAAAAAAGUCACGGUUGGCUGACACGGCAUUGACAAAGGUGAAGGUGAUUGAUAUGACAGGAAAAGAAAAACGAGUCCUCUCGGGGUAUGAUCAAAUUAGCCAGAAACAUAGCCGACCAGAUGAAGAUUCUGGUACUAGCUCACCCAUCACGAUUGACCAGACUGCUUUUACCAUGCCAGAAUUACAGCAUAAUCUAGAUUUACUUGUGGAAAUGGCUGAACAGGAGAUUAUAAAAAAUGAUCGACAGUUACAUCAUGAAGAAGACACAGUUGUUCACCUCAGACAUGAAGAAGUAAAACUUAAUGAGAUUCUUGUUGAAGAAUCAAAGCAGAUCAACAAAUUAAAGGAAAUUAUGGUAAUGAUAGAAAGAUGUGAAGAAAGACAGCAGCAAGAUAGCAUGGAACCCUGGGAGUUGGAAGAUGCCUAUGAGUUUUUCAAGACUUUACAAGAGAAUUUUUAUGAAGAGUAUAGAGUAUAUGAACUGCCAAAUUUAGUUAUAGCAACAGUGUUUCCACUGGUCAAGGAAUACCUAUCUAGUUGGGAUCCAUUGCAAAACAACAGUUAUGGAAUGGAUGUUUUUAAACUCUGGAAAGAUUUAGUUGAUAAUAAUGAUAAUAUAGUGUCACAGGAAGGCAUGCAUUCUAUGUCAGUGUACAAUAGAUUGGUAUGGGAAGUAUGGAUGCCGUAUUUAAGAACUGCUGUCACUAAGUGGAAUCCACGUGAUUGUGACCCAGUUAUAGAAUUACUUGAAAACUGGUUGCCAAUACUACCACAGUGGAUUACAGCAAAUGUUUUGGACCAACUAAUCCUACCAAAUUUACAGAAGGAAGUUGAGGGAUGGAAUCCUUUGACAGAUACACAGAGAAUUGACUCCUGGUUACAUCCAUGGUUACCUUUAAUGGGUACUCGACUAGAGCCACUGUAUGCACCAAUCAGACAGAAGCUAUCACAUGCAUUAACCAAUUGGCACCCUAGUGACAUUUCUGCUAAGACUAUUUUGUUACCGUGGAAGCCAGUGUUUUCACAGGGAACUAUGGAUGCAUUUCUCAUUCGUAAUAUUUCACCAAAGCUUGUUGUUUGUUUACAAGAGCUUGUCAUCAAUCCCUACCAGCAACAUCUCGAUCCAUUCCAUUGGGUUAUGGCAUGGGAAGACUUACUGCCGAAACCAAACCUGGCAACCAUGUUGCACAAACACUUCUUUCCUAAGUGGUUGAAUGUGUUAUGUAGUUGGCUGAGUAAUAAACCUGACUUUGCUGAAGUCACAAAGUGGUAUUCAGGCUGGAAGUCCAUGUUUUCCGAAGAACUCCUCAAUAUUCCCAUGAUAAAAGAUCAGUUCACUCAAGCAUUAGAUCUCAUGAACCGUGCUGUAUCUGGCAACCCUGUAUUGACGCCGUUUGCUGCAAAUGAAAGAAGACAAGAACCAGACCCUGUGGAAACUGAGUCUGUG